AUGAUAGCAAAGCGAGCAUUUUCGUUGUGUAGAAGUUUGUUAGCCAAGGAGAAGAAGGGCGGGAAAUCAAAAUCUGCUGCAAAUAUUCCACAAGCAGAUCUUGGAGAUGAUGGAUUGCCGAAAGAUUAUAAAUUGAAGAUUUUGCGAGCUGGAAGUCGCAGAUUGGACACAUUUGUAAAUCGAGCAACUGGGCAAAGUAGCAGGUGAAUUUUUCAACCGAAAAUGUAUUUUUUUUCAACAUAAAUUUACUUCAGCGAGGUGCUAAAACUGAUUUUGCAAGGAAAAGUUCGAGUAAACGAUGAAGUUUACACCAAAAAAGCCUACAAUGUUUGUCAAGAGGAUGUUGUUGAGGUUUGGAAAAAUGCGUAUGCUGAAAAUUCAUCACUUGCUCAAGUUGAACGCACCGAAAUUGUUAGCUAUGAGGUCACCGAACAGGGAUACAAUUUCGAGGUGAAGAGUUGGAAAUCUUUUUUGUCGGAUAAUUGGAGAAGUUCUCAAUGA